GUUGGGAAGAUGGCGGCUCCCAGCCUCCUCAACUGGAGGCGGGUUUCCUCCUUCACGGGGCCGGUCCCCCGCGCCCGGCACGGACACCGGGCCGUGGCCAUCCGGGAGCUGAUGAUCAUCUUUGGAGGGGGCAACGAGGGCAUCGCGGACGAGCUGCAUGUCUACAACACGGUUACAAAUCAGUGGUUCCUACCAGCUGUUAGAGGAGACAUCCCUCCAGGCUGCGCUGCCCAUGGAUUUGUCUGUGAUGGUACCAGAAUAUUAGUAUUUGGGGGAAUGGUUGAAUAUGGAAGAUACAGCAAUGAGUUAUAUGAAUUACAAGCAAGUCGUUGGUUAUGGAAAAAAGUGAAACCCCAUCCCCCUUCUUCUGGUUUACCUCCUUGUCCUCGGCUUGGACAUAGCUUCUCUUUAUAUGGUAACAAAUGCUAUUUGUUUGGUGGCCUGGCAAAUGAAAGUGAAGAUUCUAACAAUAACGUUCCCAGAUAUUUAAAUGAUUUCUAUGAGUUAGAGCUACAACAUGGUUCUGGUGUUGUGGGUUGGAGCAUUCCAGUGACUAGAGGGACUGUGCCUUCUCCAAGAGAAUCCCACACAGCUGUUAUAUAUUGCAAAAAAGAUUCUGGAAGUCCUAAAAUGUAUGUUUUUGGUGGAAUGUGUGGUGCUCGCCUGGAUGACCUAUGGCAACUUGACUUAGAAACUAUGUCAUGGUCAAAACCAGAAACUAAAGGGACUGUGCCACUUCCACGAAGCCUUCACACAGCCAGUGUUAUAGGAAAUAAGAUGUACAUUUUUGGUGGAUGGGUUCCACAUAAGGGGGAAAAUAUUGAGACUUCACCUCAUGAUUGUGAAUGGAGAUGUACCAGUUCAUUUUCUUACCUAAAUCUGGAUACAGCAGAGUGGACCACCCUAGUAUCAGAUUCUCAGGAAGAUAAAAAAAAUUCUAGACCAAGACCAAGAGCUGGACACUGUGCUGUUGCAAUUGGCACUCGACUGUAUUUUUGGAGUGGAAGAGAUGGCUACAAGAAAGCACUGAAUAGUCAAGUUUGCUGCAAGGAUCUUUGGUAUCUUGAUACUGAGAAACCACCAGCACCAUCACAAGUACAACUGAUCAAAGCCACUACCAACUCUUUUCAUGUCAAAUGGGAUGAAGUGCCUACAGUUGAGGGCUAUCUUUUGCAGUUGAAUACAGACUUGCCAUACCAAGCUGCAUCAUCAGAUUCUUCAGCAGCACCAAAUAUGCAAGGAGUCAGGAUGGACCCUCACAGACAAGGCAGUAAUAGCAUCGUUCCUAACAGUAUCAAUGAUACAAUGAACAGUGGAAAAACUGAACAUACAGCUGUGAAAGGAACUUCAGUGAAAAACAAACCAGAUUUCAAAGCAUCAGCUGAUUCUAAUACCAUUUUACAUUCGUCUUUGGCAACUAAUGCUUCUAAUCAUAAUAGUUGUGUGGUGGAUAUGCUAAGGAAAACUGAAGGUCCUCACACAUCAGCAAAUAUAGGUGUUCUAAGUAGUUGCCUGGACUUAAGAACAGUAAUCCCUGAAACUUCUGUAUCCAGUACUGUUGCCAGCGCACAAACUAUGGUAACCCAGCAGACCAUUAAAACUGAAUCAUCCAGUACAAAUGGGGCAGUUGUUAAAGAUGAAACUUCACUAACAACAUUCAGUACCAAAUCUGAAGUUGAUGAAACAUGUGCACUGCCUGCAACUAAGAUCAGCCGUGUAGAGGCACAUGCUGCAGUGUUGCCAUUUUCUAAAGAAACUCCUUCAAAUCCAGUGGCCACAAUGAAAGCAGGAGAACGACAGUGGUGUGAUGUAGGAAUUUUUAAAAAUAAUACAGCUUUGGUGAGCCAGUUUUAUUUGCUGCCAAAAGGGAAGCAAAGCAUCUCAAAGAUAGGAAAUGCAGACGUACCUGACUACAGUUUACUUAAGAAACAAGAUCUUGCUCCAGGCACAGGAUACAGAUUCAGGGUUGCUGCCAUCAAUGGUUGUGGAAUCGGCCCUUUCAGCAAAAUCAGUGAAUUUAAAACUUGUAUUCCUGGUUUUCCUGGAGCUCCUUCUGCAGUCAGAAUUUCAAAGAAUGUUGAGGGUAUCCAUCUUUCCUGGGAACCUCCAACUUCACCUUCUGGAAAUAUUUUGGAAUAUUCAGCCUACUUGGCUAUCCGCACAGCACAAAUUCAAGAUAAUCCAAGUCAACUUGUGUUUAUGAGGAUUUAUUGCGGUCUUAAGACUUCAUGUAUAGUAACUGCUGGGCAACUUGCAAAUGCACAUAUUGAUUAUACAUCCAGGCCUGCCAUUGUGUUCAGGAUAUCAGCAAAGAAUGAAAAGGGAUAUGGACCAGCUACACAAGUUCGAUGGCUUCAAGGUAACAAUAAAAAAGCACCUUUAAAUUGAAUUUUUUUUUUACUGAAGCUAUUGUGAUGAUUAUUUAUUAGUAACUGGUUAUGAAGAUUUGUCAUUUAAAAGAGUGUUCUCUGACUGUAUUUCUGGCAGUUAUGAGUUUGAGUUUGUAAAUUGUUCUUAAAAUGUAUUUGCUCAAUUCUAGAUCCAAAUAAAAAUAGAAAAGAAGCAAAGACUCUCUGAAAAUUAGUAUAUGGAUUCUUCCUUAAAGUUAUAGCUCUUUUAUAAAGGAAAAUAGUAAAAUUAAGAUAAAAACUAGAAGGCUUUAUUACUCCAAUAUCUUUUAUAAAGGCCAUGUAACUCAGUCAUCCUAGAGUUAUUGAGAUGAUUCUAGUAACUGGCUGUUGUACACUGUGCAGUCUUAUAUGGUAAAUGUUCUCUACACAUUGUAAAGGCCCUGUCUUUGAGUUCUCCCUCUCACUUUAUUCUAUAUGAGCAGUGGUCCUCUAACAGUUGUCUUCUACUGGAUAAUAUUUGUGAUACUGAUUUUAGUAGCCGUUUGAUUCAUUUCUUUGUUUACCUACAAUUAGCACAGAGCUUAAAUUAAAAAAGAAAGAGGCAAGUUCAGAAAUUCUGCUUUAGAAUUUCUAUUAUUUUCCAAGAAUCAUGGCAAAAUACAAAAAGAAUAAUGGGUUUUCUUGAUUCAGACCAGGCUGAUAUAUUGGAAUGUAUUUUUGGCCAAAGCACUUAACUUAUCUGGCCCUCAGUUUCCUCAUUAAUAGAUGAGAGAGUUAAAAGAAUUUACCUUUAAGGUCCCUUUCAGCACUGAAAUUCUGUAUUUUCAUCAGAAGUGAAGUGUAUCCCUGAACAUUUUCAUAUCUGUCUUAAUGACUCUAACUUUGCUUUUGCUGAGAUUAAAAUGUUCAUAAUUUAAAAUCCAGAAUUCAAGUAUGUCCUCCUUAUUGCAGAAAGAAAGAAGCACCUUAACAGGACACAGGUUUUGAAAUAAUGUUUUAAGCAUUUGUAAGAUUUUUGUAAAUGCUCUAAAUGUUUUAUUUUUGCAUUGUUUUUACCUCGAAAUUGUAUAAACUUUUUUACAACUGAAAUAUAAGCAUUAGACAGCUUACUCAGGUUCCAUUACAACCUUAAAGAUGCAGAUAGGCAUUAUAGAUAUUCUGCUACAGGUAACUUGUUUUAAACCUUUUAGGAAUUUCAUAGUUCCACUGCCUAUUCAAAUCUGGAAUGAAUAUACAGAGCAAUAAUUGCAGAAAAGAUAUUUCAAACUAAGAGCUGCGGUAACUGCAGGGGCACAAGUCUGUCUUUUUACACCAUGUAACCUUAUGCCAGUUUAGGUUGACUGAGUAGCUAUGUCCUCAAACUUCAUGUAUAAUACUCCCAGCAAAGAUGGAUUUAAUUGUGCAGAAUUGAUAUAUAUGUAUGUUCCAGUUACUAAUUUAAAGUGUAUAGAAUAUUUUAAUAUAUAAUUUUUGUAAAGAACUGGGGUUUUUAUACUACAGUAUUUGUAAUUAAUGUGUCUCACGAAUUAAGUUUCUCUUGAAGAAAAUAUGCAAACUGUUAGACACGUCAUGGGUGAUUUCCAAACUCUAAAGGUAAAAUAAAUGCACUACUAUGGUGUUGUUAGAAUACCUUUUUUGUGGCUGUAUGAAUCUUUCAUCUUUAAAUGUGUACUUUACAAACAAUGUUUACAAGGAGCUUCUCUGGUUUGUUGUCCCAGCACCUCCCUUGGUGAGAGCUUCAUUCUGCAUUUGUUUAACUCAUAUGCUUUGCUUUUGGCAUAUGCUUGCUUUUUGCACUAGUAGAAUUUUAACUUACCUCAUUAUGAUGUUUGUAAUCAUUUGUAUAGCUUCCAUAAUAUGUCUGAUAUAGUCUAAACAAAUAAUAACCAAAGUUAAAAUAAAUGGUAAGCAGUUUUGCACACGUUCAAUGCUAGGGUUUGUUGUGUAUGUGUGUGUUUAGUUAUAAAAAGAGUAAGAAUGGAAAGUUAUAGUAACUAUAUGUUUUAAGCCCAAUUAUUUUAAUGAUCCAUUUGCUUUAUUAGGAAAAGAUCUGGCUUUUAACCCCUUAUUCUCUGCAUUAAUUAACGAUUUGCAUCUUGAAGCACUUCUUUUAAGGACAAGGAAUAAGUUGACUUUAAGCAAAGAAUAGAAUAUUUGUUUGAAUGUGUACAUUUAUACUAUUUAGUAUUUGGUUUAGUUUACUUUGCUUAAAUGCCUCUAGUAUUCUAGACCAGGAGGUAAAUAUGAACCUGUGGUUCUAAGGUAUGUCUUAUUUUCUAGAAAGAAAGGCAGUCUUUCUAUACCAAGGGAUUCGUUAAAAUAACAAAUGUUUUUGCUUUGAGAAUUAGCCCAGAUUCUGUUAUUAUUUUUGGCAUUUGUACAUUAAGCACUAGUCACAUUUAUCUCUCUGAUAAGAUUGGUGACUGAAAGAUGCCACUGAGAAAUCUCUGUGGCUUUGACGUUAAUAGUUAAUAAGAAAUCUUUGAGCUGUGUGUUCAUGAAUAGAAUGGAUUAGGGUAAAUAACAAGAGAAGUGCAUUUAGCUUCUUAUGAUUUGCACAUUUUCUAAGUGAAGAUCCCUUUGAGUAGUAGUGGGCUAUAUCAUGCAGAUAUCUUUUGUAAGAUUUACAGAGUUAAAUUGCUUUCUUUACUCCUCCGAGCUGAAUAAGCAAUUCAGAUGUACAAGCCUUUGUGCCACAGUCCUCUUCCUGGACUCUGCAACUUUGGUUCGCAUAUAUAGUAAAAAUAUUUUGAUGUUGCAUGCUCUUAGAAUUAUGUUUUCUGAAAUAUUGUAUUGGCUUCAUUUUAGUUUAGUAAACUGUUUUGGCAAUUUAACUAGAAAUAGGAUAUUAUAAACUUGUAUCUGCAUUUAAAAAAAAAACAGAAAUAAUCUGAUUGCAUGUGUGAGGUCCCCCCUGCUCUAUAACCCAAUCACAUAAAUAUUAUCAUCUGUAAGAAGGUGAAACUUGAUCCAUUAUUUCAAAGACUUGUAGACUAGCAAAGAUUUGUUCUGGUUAGAGAUAUGGUCUACUAUUACUGAAGAUAUUUUUAUUUUUAAAAAUUGCAGCACUUGUAGCAUACAAAUCAUUUGUACCAUUGGAUAUGAAGAGAUUAUUAGUAUUUAAAAUUAUUGUAGUCAUCUGAUCAUAAAUGAAAUAGUUUGCAAAAUAGACUUGGUCUUUGACCAUUUAAGGUAUAACUGACAGUUAUGUUUUCCAAGACUGAUUUUAGGCAGUUUUAUGUAUUGUGUACCAAUGAUAUGUAAAAUAAAGCACCUUUUCUACCAUAAGCAAUUACAGGUGUUAUUUAUUUUGAACUACAUGAAAGAAAAAUUAAUGAUGGUAGAGUAAAUCUGUAGAAAUGUUGAUUUUAUAUCAUUGGCUUAAAAUAAUAUAGGCAGUCUCAUAAAGAAUGGAUUGUGUCUGAAAACUUGUUUUUAAAUUAGUGGGUUGUGUUUGGGAGUCAUUUUCUUAUAGAAAUGUAAAGCCUGUCUAACCCUUACUGUGGCUGAACUCAUUCCUUUGAAAGUAAAAAGGCAAAUGGCUCCAAGAAGCAGUCUCAACUUGUUGUCACCUCUUUUUUGUCUUCUAUUUACUCUUAAUUUUUUUUUCUUUAUGCUUUUCACCCAUUUUAAUUCACAGUAGCCAGGCUUCUAUCCUGCUACUUCAUCAAAAUGGCUCUAGCAAAGGUCAGAGAUAACUUCCCAGUUCCCAAAUCCAGUGUAUUCUUUCGUUGUAUUUAAUCUAGUCAUUUGAAACUUGUAACCGCUGCCUUGACACCUGCGCGUUUUCGUGGUCUCUGUGACCCCACGCUCUCUACCUUUCUUGUGUGCCUCCUCCUGCCUGCAGUCCUGUUUCCACUCCCGCCUGGCUCUGUUCCGUUUCUCAAGAUUCAGGUCAAAUGUUGCCAACCUGAUGAGGCUUUCCUGACAUACUCCAUUUCCAGGUAGCUUCGACCCCUUCUUCUUGUGCCUCCACUGUCCUUUGUUAAAUCUUCUGUCAUGGCAGCCUAAAAACUUUGUGCCCUGACUCAUUAGCAUUGUUCCUCUCCCUCUGCCAGGUGGUAGGUCUUUGAGGCAGAGACUGGGUCUUUAUAUCUCUUCCAUGUCAGCCAUUUAGCUGGUACUUAACUAUUUCAGUAAAUGGUUAAAGAAAAUGGUCUCCUUUCAUCUCGCCAUACUCUCAUUCCCACCUUUCAAAUUGGGGUCAAAUUGGGAGGGAGGCUUUGACAGGGAAAGAGAUUUUAGCAGAUUUACUAAGCCUCUGGAGGAAAUACAAACUCAAGCUUUGUCUUAACCUACCCUGCUAUUACAUAGGUUCCUAAGAAAAUUCUGGGAUAAAGAAGGGAUGUGUCACAUAUUUACUAGGCUAAAAGGAAUUUAAUGUAGGUAUGUAUAGAUUUCAAGAGGAAGUCUUUGAUCUAAAAAGAUCUGAGCAUUUAGUAAAAUCACCUGGGCAUUGCUGGAUUGUGAUUUUUAACAUUAGAUGAUCAAGAAAAUGAGCUAAAAAUAUUUCCAGAGUUAAUCUUUCUGGUUUCCGUAUAGAAAAGCCAUAGGCAAUUGUGUAACAUUAGAAAAAACUCCCUACCUAUUUAAGCACAGGGAGCUGCUGGAAGACACGGAACACCAGCAUUAGAACCACACUGGAUUCUGCUGCAUAUCAAGUCAGGUCACUGUUGUCACCUCCGAGCUUAUAAGAUAAAGGAUUCUUACACUCCUGGAAAACAAGAUGACAUUGGCACACCUUCCUUCCAUGUUUCCCAGUUAUAGUUGGGAGUCCCUAUACUAAUCUAUUUCUAUAACUCAGGAAAAGUUUUUGUUUUUUUAUCAUGCCUGGAAAAACAUAAACUACAACAUUCUGGGGAGGAACAAUAAAUUCUGUAAACUGAAUGAAGAAAGAAAAGGCUAUAAAAUCCAAGGAUACCAGCCUCCUUGUUCAAAAUAGAUUUCUAUAUUUUUUAGUAUCCAUUUGCUUCUUUCUUGUCCUCUGCAGAACUAAAAUAAGGAAAAUGUCCACUUGUGGGACUAUUAAUCUCAGCAAGUUCAUCUGAAACUGAGUGUGAGGUUCUGUUGUUUUGUGUAUUUGGUAUCUUGAAGAAAGUAAAUUGAGCAAGGGCCUGGUACUUAAAGGUCAUCAAAUCUGCAAUCUGACUGCCACUCCUGCCACUACCUCAAAUUGAAGAGUCUUGAGAAUACAGAGUUACGAAGCCUUUGGCCUCGGAUAGAAAGAAGACUAGGAAGUCACAGGUAUGAGGCUGUGGAUGCAACAGAAGGAUUCCCUGUUUCCCUAUUUGAUUUUGCUGGUUCAAGAAAAAGUCUUUGCAGAGUACUCAAAGAUGUCAGGGUGUUUACAUAUAACCCCUGAAAAUAAAAGUACCAAAAAGUAUGAAUUGGUGGCAUAUCAGAUAUGAAAGGUAUAACAGAGAAGGAAAUGGCCCCCCAUCCUACCUACUUCCCCUUCCUGGUCUCCUUAUCACCCAGAGACAAGAAGCUAAAGGAUACAUCAUUCCUUAGCUUGAGAAGUGAGGAAGGCACAAAGAGAACUCUUUGGGUCUGAGCAUAUACAGGUUAAAAAUAAAAGGUAACAGCUGGUAUUUGUUUCUGAACAUAGAGUAACUCUGUCCACUAGUAAAUCAUGGUCCAACAAAUGUCCAGCUCUGACCAAAAGGAUUAUCCAUUCCUCUUCCUAUCUGAGGAGAUACAGUAGAAGUUACCUAAGAACUUGAGAAAGGUUCCCUCCUAAUUUCUGUUUCCUGUUGGAGAGGGAGGAAAAAGCUACAGGUAUAAUAAAUACCAUCCAGUGUAACAAAGGUGUGGAUGGUUCACUUAUGGCAGCAUGGCACGGAAGAGAAUGGGCCGAGUUCUGAAGGUCCAACUGUUUGAUCCAAAAUCAUCCUGCUAUCCGUUGCACUUUAGCACCCCCUGGUGGCAUUGUCCAUUCCAGCUUAAAUAUGGGUAAGAUUUUGGGUCUGGAACUAUCUGGUGAGUUGGCACCCCUGUGUUAGACCCAGCUGGGGAGAUUGGACCUGGAGAACACACUUUCUCCUUCCCUAUUUCCUGGGCAUGGGUUGCCAGCCAUUUGCUGCCGGGCCUAGUCUACCACUUGCACCAACUCCCUAACCCAAGAUGAUAACUUUAGCCUGCCCUGUUACGGUAGAGGGGAUGGAGCAAAUGUUUCAAGACCUAUUUUUUUUUUUCAAAUUUAAAAUCGUAUACCAAAAUUUAUAGCUAAUUCCCUGAAUCAGGAGAAAUUGCACCUUAAGUAUGUCUUGUUUAAUCAGCAAAAUGGCACUGCUGGAGGUGACCUUGGCAGACAUGAUUGCAAAAUUAUGAUGGCAUUUGUGUGACCAUGCUGGCACCUGUUAUUGAUCAAUGUGGAGAGACAGUCAAUAGCCACCAUGCACUUUCUGUAUGUACUUAACACAUAAAUGCAUUGUUAGGAGAAUGUGCCAAAGGGAAUUUUUCCUUUUGAAAGUCAACAGAAUUUAGUAAACAGGCAGUGUCUUUGUCAGUUUAUUUUGGUAUUUGCAUCACCUAUCAGUUCAUUCUUUGCUUUAUACAAAUAAUUAUACCCAGUGAACAAAGUAACCCGUUAACCAGAAUCAUGCCAGUGACUCUGAGGCAAUUUGGCAGAGCAGUCCUAUCAAACUGCCACCUCGUUGGAUCCUGACCCUACGGGAACCUAGGUCACUUCUGUGAGGAAUAGCCCAUACUCAUUCCUUUCUUCAUAUUAUCUUGUGCUUUUUCCCUACCCGUUACAAUAAUUGGCUGAUUUGCAGUGCACAGCAGUGGCUGAAACACGGGGAGAUGUUCCUUCUCUUUGUUGAUCAUGUAUUACAUAA